UUGCAUUUAUGAAAAGCGUUCACGCCCGCCAGCACGCGCCCGCUAGCAGCACGGAGUUUUUUCGCUCACUCGUCGAUCUCAAAUCUGAGCCCAGUUCCAUUUGUCGAGCCGGUUAACGGUUAACGAAAUCGCGUCGCGGCCUCGUUUCAUUAAAGCCAAAGCCAAAGUGUGAAGCCAAUCGAAGCGCCGUCAACUGUGCAGUGAGUGAGGCAAAGAAAUACUCGAUUCAUAAGUAGAUCCCGAUAUAUAUGUAUUGCAUAUAUCUGAAUAAUCAAAAAUAGAAAAAACAAAAGUGUUGUUCAAAUUGGCGCCUCACAUAAGCCUAACAGCUCUCAACAUGUCCAGUCACGAGGAGGAUGAUCACGAGCACGAGCACGAGCACGAGCACGAGCACGGCGAAGAUGUUGAGGAGCAGGAAAUACACGUCGAUGUCGACUCCGAUUCACGAAUGUCCUGCGGCAGCGGCUCAGACGUCGACAUGGACAAUGGCAGCUGCUACGACGAAUCGGAAACUCCGCUCAGCGAAUCACUACAAUCGGAGCAGACGCGCUCCUCAUCCAGCGAGAAUCUGCCCUUCAGUAUAUCGCGCCUGCUUUCGAAACCCUUUGAAACCAACAACAACAACAACAACAGCAUCAACAGCAGCAGCCAACACAACAACAACAACAACAGCAGUAGCAACAACAACAACAACAACAGCAAUUUGGAUAGAAAUAUUGAAGAGAAAGAGCUGCAGGCAGACGAACACGAUUUGGCCGCCUAUAAAUUGGCCAGCAGCAUUGCCAAUUCGACUUAUGGCAGCGCCGCAGCGCUUUACUCGUAUCCGCAUCUUUAUCCGUCGGCAGCGGCAGCGGCUGCCGGUCAUGUGCUACGUGUGCCGCCGCAGCGCACGCCGCUCACCUGGGCGCUACCGCCGUUGCAUCAUGCGGCGCUCGCCCAUCAGGCGGUCAAGGAUCGGCUGGCAGCUGCCUUUCCCAUUGCCCGACGCAUCGGACAUCCGUAUCAGAAUCGCACGCCGCCCAAGCGAAAAAAGCCGCGCACCUCGUUCACACGCAUCCAGGUGGCUGAGCUGGAGAAGCGUUUCCACAAGCAAAAGUAUUUGGCAUCUGCCGAGCGGGCGGCACUCGCACGCGGCCUCAAGAUGACCGAUGCACAGGUGAAAACGUGGUUUCAGAAUCGUCGCACCAAAUGGAGGCGUCAGACGGCGGAGGAGCGCGAGGCGGAGCGACAGGCAGCCAAUCGGCUGAUGUUAUCACUGCAGGCGGAGGCCAUUAGCAAGGGCUUUGCGCCACCCGCUGCGCCGCUCAGCUCACAGUCCGGCGUAAAUGGAGCUCCGCUGGCGGCGCUGCACGGCCUGCAGCCCUGGGCGGAGGCGUCCCAUGCAGCGGGCUGCUAAUUGUCAAAUGGUAGAUCGUAUAUAUGCACAUACACAUAGCACUAUCUACACAUGUGUGUGUGCGUAUGUGUAUAAGGUUUAUUUGUGAUAAAGUUUGCUUUGUAAAUAGAGUUGAAAAACGAACGGAAUGGGCCCAGCGAAGCCCCGAACAAGACGAAUCAAUCAAUUUGUAAAUAUUUAGCUUUACUUUCCACAUAAAAUACAGUUACACCAUAUAAUCAUAUGCUUAAGAACUCGACGUAAGUUUAAGUAGUUUCCUUUAGUUUGUAGCGCAGUGUUUGCAUGAUUUAAUUUUCAACUUCAGUUGCCCAACACCUCUCAAAGUCUCACAAAAUGUCAACUCUAUAAGGCAUACACAUAUAUGUAAUAGUUCAUAAAGUAUAAAAGAAUUUUAAAUAUACGGCUUGUAUUGUAUGUUAGUUCGUAAGUCGAAU